GUAGAUCACGGCCUGGGCGUCGGCAGUUCACUCACUGCUGCUGCGUAGGAAACAACAAAACACCUCUUCACACUGAGAGAGCUCGGAGGUGUCUCUUACAUAAACUUAAGCGUAAUAUAAAACAUAAAAUGCAUUCAGUCACGCUGGACAGCAGUGGUUCGCCAAAGAAACGGACGUUAUCUCGAGGACUGAGCGAGGAUGAGUCGCUCCGCAGCAUUAUAAAAGAGACCGAGAGUUCAUCUAGGCGUCUGGCACGAAGCGACAGCCGAGCAGGCACCCUGAAGAAGAGAACUGACAGCCAGCAGUCUGACCAGGAUAUCUACAUGGGACUCCCAGAAAUGCUGGAGCUGCAAGCCGGCUAUGACGAAGUGGUGCAGGAGCUGCGUGGGCUGGAGGUCGAGCGAGAGACUCUGUUGUUCCAGGUGGAUGUCCUGCAGGACACGCUGGAGGGUGUAGAGGAGCUGCUGGCUGAGGCUCAGAGGGAAGCUGGACAGGCCAGUUCGGAGUUGGGACGAGAGAGGGAGGCCAAGAGGAAACUGGAGAGCAUGGUCUGCUCGCUGACGCAAGAGGUGGAGAGAUUAAAAGAGGACAGUAAUAACAAACCGUCUGCUCCAGCGGACACACAUGGAGGUGUGGACGAGGUAACGAGUCAAGGACACCAAAUGAAAAAUGUUGCAAAGGAACUGAUGAAAGACGCCUCGCUGUGUGAACCUCCCAGCGGUGAGAGCCGAGGAAGUGUGUCAGAGGAAGUGGUCGAGAGUGAAGGGGAAGACGGGGAAGGUAGCGUCCUGACGAAGCUGAGGAAGCUGGUCAGUAAGCCGCUGAGCCACUUGCCCUCUCUUGCAGUGGAGAACCUAUUCUCCGUAGAUGGGGUCCUGCAGAGGCCUUACGAAAACGGCGUAGAGGACGGACGAGAUUCAGACAGCAUAAGUGCCUAUGAGGAUGCAUCUGCUGACACUCCAGAGCAGGACAGGAUGUUUCCGGGGGAAGAGGACGCUUUGGAUCUGCCUGAUGAUUCAGAGGGAGGUUCUCCUAACGACUGCCAUGACGGGGAGCCCCAAGACCCCAAAAACGCUGAAGCUUGCGUUGUGUCUUAAUCUGUUAUAUCUACUACCGGGCAACAGAUCAUUGAUUAUUGAUCAUUUUGGUGUAAUUCAGGAGCUCUUUGAAUCACCCACAUCUGAUACUUAUGUCCUUUGAGGUCAACAAUAACAUUCAGAGCUCCAACAUGUUGUCGAUUUUGACAAUUGAUUAAUUGGUUCAAUAAUUUAUCAAAAACAUGCCAAACGUGAGGAUUCGCUGCUUUUUGUUUAUCAUUUAUAUCGUCAAAGAAAUAUCUUUGGGAAUUUGAAGAAGUCACCAAAGACUCUGGGAAAUGUAUCGUUAAUUCUUCACUAGUUUGUGUCAUUUUAUAAUGAAGUAAUUAAUUGAUUAGUCAGCAGCUUAAUUGAUAAUGAUAAUAAUGGUUAGGUGCAGCCCUAGUUGUAAUACACUGUAAGUUUCAGUUUUAAAUUUACAACCUAAAGAAACUCAGGAUCCAGGUGGUUUACUAGCUGGAAAUCCACUAAUGACUACUUUAAUAUUAUUUGCCAAUAGUUACUUUUUAAUAUCUGUCCUAACUUUUUUUUUUUGUAAUGCGUGGAUAGACAUGGGGGGAAAAAAAGUCCAUGCUGCUUUGACCGUUUACCUCUUUUAAUCUUUAAAUAAAGGUCUGUUGUAUACUAACAGCUGCCGGGACACAAAUCAGGAUUUACCUGUAGACACAACAGUGAGCUCUGUAAGUAUCUGGACGGGGACAGUUGAUGUUUUGGCUCCAAUCACAUUAGAAAAGUCGGGAAUUUAGAGACAUUUCAGACGCUCGCAGUUGUUAACUGCAUUUAAAGAUAUUUGGUGUGGCUGUCCUCAGCUGCAGAACUCACUGUACAGAAGGUUUAGGACAUGUUUGAUCGAUCUUUGGAAGCUAAGAGCAGCUACAGGUAAUCAAAGGCAGUUGUUUGAAGGGUUAUAAGAUGCAGAUUAAGGGAAAAUGCCAUCUUUUUGCUGCCUUGCUGAUCUUUACAAGAAGAUUUAUUUUUUUAUCUUUUAUAUACGUCCCUUUUUUCUGUUUUUCUGUUGAAUCUAGGGAAAUUGUUUUGGCUGCAUUUGCACUUUCUAAAGUUCUUGUAUUGUGGCAUAAAUUUGUCCGAUUACAUUACAAACAACAUUCCCCUUAACAACCAAACACGUCAGCGAGAAGUAAUCAGCUGACCAGCAGCAGGCUGCCCGCAUGGUAACACUGUACGUUUGCACAUUUGCAGUGAAACUUGCUGAAACUAGUCUCUUUGGAUGUCUCCGAUUGCUGUAAACACUUUGUAUUUAAUCGCAUUUCUUUUUUAUAAUGUUACAUUUCUUUUAUCCUUUCACCUCAUUUGUGAUAUUUUGCAUGAGCACCUAAGAAUGUAUAUCGAUUUCCAAACUGCACAUGGAUUGAUCUGUCAUUUAUUAGUACUUUUGCACGCAGUACACAUGUAUAAGAUAAUACUUUGAGCUAAGGUAUUUACUGCGACAAUUGGUGUUUUAAAGGGAUUUAAAUCUGUGUUGCAAAUAAUGUAUCAUUCUGUUAUUUCUGGGUUUUAAAGGUCAAACUUAAGCAAAAUGAUCAAAUAAUUUUGAUGUGACACUAAUGUUUCUUUUUGUUUUUAAUGAAAAUUACAAUUUUGAUAUCUGAUUUCUGUCACACAAAAAGGGAACAAUAUUAAUACAUUUAUGGAAAUUUAAAAUGGGACGAAUGUUGCAUUUAGAUGCUUAUCACUUUGUGGGUUUGUAAUGUUUGUAUUGAAUCUUUUGUAGUUCUAUCACUCAGUCUUAUUUCAAUGCUGGUUCUCAUGCUAAUACUUGACUAUCUGUUGUGUUGGCUGCCAUGAUGCACAAACAGCUCAGAUUCCUUUUGUUUCUUUUCACACAAAAUGAGCUGAUAGGAUGUUACUGUAGUGCUGUGUGGAGGCACUGUGGUCAGUUCAUCAGGUCAUGUUUCUACAUGAACACAUCAAUCAUUGGUUGUUUCUGUUAUCAGCAAUUAAUCUUACCUUCCUAUUGAUUUCUUGCCAGGUCAAAGAAUUUGGUUUGUUGUAAUAAACCAGUACAGUUACAUCAAUCAUCAUUUUUAAAUGUACUUAAUUUUCUUAUAUGAGCGUCUGGUGCUGUUCAGCAUAUUGAGCGCACAGAAGUGAGUUUUUCUGGGACAAUUUAUUAAGUAAUCAUGUUUCAUUUUCCUCAAUGCAAAUAAUUUCUUACUGUAAUAAGAUGCGUCUUUUGGGUCUAGAUAUUUUGGACUUGUCCUGAGCUUUGUAUUAAAUGUUCAGAUGUAAAUUACAUACGUUUAUACUUGUAAUGGGAAAUACAUUCCAGACAUAUCAAAAUAAAAAGUGAAUAUUG